CCCUGUCAAUACAAACAUUAGAAUUCAGCAUCCCGAACAAACUCCCCUACUCACGGCCACGGACCUUGAUGGCCAACUGGCAGUCCAUUUGGGGUUGUACAUUUUGCAAGGGCAAAUGGAUAACACCAAUAACAAGAGUUGUGCGCGUGGCUACAUUCAUCUCUGAACAUUGUAGAAAAACAGAAACAGAACUGCAUUAUAUCACAUCAAGGGGCCAAAGGACUAAACUCGCAGAGUAUACUUGUCUUUGUCAGCUCCUGAGGACACCGCAGCCUAGCUAAAAUAAUGAGUCACAAAUUGUUAGUCAGUAACUCAUGGAUCUCCUGGCCCAUCGUGAUCUCCCUGGAGAGUUCUUCUCGCACUUCCGCUGCAUCGUAUACGUGAAUGUUUCGAGCUAUUCUCACUCUUUAGGCAACUCUCCGCCCCACGGAGGACAUUCUGUUCUCACAUUUUACAUCAAAGUGGAAAAAACAAGCUGUUCAAACUAAUAAACUGUCUAAAGCCUCGUCACUAAUGGUACAAUAAAGUAGUCUAUUGUACGGCUCUAGCAGCAAACCUCACAUAAACCUGGUUUAUGCAUCCAUAAAGUUAGAGGCUUAAAUAAAAGCUGGGUUCCCACUGAAUUAGCAAGAUUCAUUUUCAAAAAAAAAAAUCAAGAACCAUGUCAGGUGCACAAUGCUCUGAUCACUUCACAAGUCCAGCACAUUUGGAUUGCUUUUAAACAGCAGGGCCAACACGGCAUUGUGGGCUGCUGAAGUCCUGGAAAGUUUGGCCACGUUCCACUCUCCUCAGUCAGCAGUUGGUGGUUCCUUGGACCGCUGCGAGGAGUCGAGUGGCUUCUGUCACCGGACUUUCCCAGGAUGAUGGCUCAGCUGUCGUCAAGGGUCAGCGGGGAAGAGUUGGCUCUCCUUGCCCUGCAGCCGAAACAUCAGGCAUUACAACUAGCUUCAGCUGCUAACGGCACCCGCUCUGGCAGGAGGGCGAGAGUUAAAUAUAGUGCCGGACUUUUUUAGCCUCCCUGACUCUUGUCAAAGAGAAGGAAGAUUGUAGCCCAGUGAAAAUAUCUGGCGCUGUGACAACGGCGAUCAUGCUCACACACUUCACUCUCGCUCGAAGACUCUUUAUCUAAGACGUUUAAACAAGAGGUGAGCUGUUACUGGAGCAGCAGGAGGAGUGACGGAGAAGGAGAGAGAGUCAGUUGUUGCUCUCCACUCUUCCCUCCCAGCUUAGAGAAACAGAGGAGCCAGGGCUGAGGAUGACUCUUUGCAUCGCUGAAUAGCCAGAAGUCAUCGAGAAGAGCAGCGGAUAACCGCGGAUGAUUCAGAGCUUUUCUAUCUCUCUACUGUUUCACUCUGCCUGACUGACAGUUUGAAUCUGGGGCGACACUUCAACAGGGGAAAGAUGAGAUCCAAGAGCAGCGGGGUGGAGCGCCCUGUCAGCGCACUUCUUGGGAUUCCACAAACUGAUCAGCCAGAGCCGGACCUUCCUCUGCCUGGAAAGGGCUUGAAGGUCAAAGUGGACGAGUUAAAGCUGGAGGCCAUCCCUGACAAAGAGAAGCAACUGUUGCAUCCUAAAGAGACCGAAGGAAGCAGAGGAGGAUCUAUCAUGAAUCUACCCAAAGAGGAGCUGCUGAAACUGUUGGGCAUUAUGGAAGGAGAGGUGCAGGCAAGAGAAGAUGUUAUCGGUAUGCUCAAGACCAAACGAGCUCCACCAGUCUCACUUGAAUCACAGUACGGGGCCGGCGUGUCUGGCUCGGCCCUGCAGGCCCUGCAGAGGGACAGAGAUCUCACCGGAGCAAAGCCGCACAAACAGAGCGUCUAUCACAAGCCUAUGAUCGAGCUGGAACGUCUGCAAGAAAAGCACAAGGAGACCUACCGGCGGAUGCUGAGUCAGCUGCUGCUCGCGGAAAAGUGCCACCGCCGAACCAUUCACGAGCUGGACACUGAGAAGCGCAAACACGUCGACUACAUGAACAAGAGUGAUGACUUCACCAACCUUCUGGAGCAGGAGAGAGAGAGACUGAAGAAGUUGUUGGAGAACGAGAAAGCCUACCAGGUGAAGAAAGAGAAGGAGCAUUCCAAACGUCUGGCGAAGGUACAAGAGGAGUUGGUCAAGCUGAAGUCCUUUGCUUUGAUGUUGGUAAAUGAGCGCCAAGAAUACCUGGAACAAAUGGACCAACAGAGUCAGAAGGUUCAGGAACUCAACCAGCAGCUUCAACAGCAGGACAAGACGCUGAGUCAAGCCAAAGACCGAGCUCAGGAGGACGGGCAGAGAGCUCACAACUUGGAGCUAGAGUUGAAAGAGCAAUCUGCUAAACUUGCUCAGCAGCAAGAGGAUAUGAGCGCCAAGCUGGCCGCUCAGGACCUUCACAACCGGCAGCUCAGCACUGAUCUUAUAGGUCUUAAACAAACCGUGGAAGAACUGGAGGAGAGAAACAAGGCACUGAGGAAAUCAGAAGAUGAACUGCAGGAACUCAGGGAGAAGCUUGAGAAGGGCGACAGUGGGAACUCUAACUUGGUCGCAGAGCUUGAGAAUUUGCGCAAACGGGUUCUGGAGAUGGAAGGAAAAGAUGAGGAAAUCACUAAAACUGAGAACCAGUGCAAGGAGCUGAGAAAAAGGCUACACGAAGAGGAGAGUAAGACGAAAGAUCUCCGCUUGGAGGUGGAGAAGCUCCAGAUAAGAAUGAUGGAGUUAGAGAAACUGGAGUUGGCAUUCAAUAAAAGCAAGAGUGAUUGUGAACAGCUAAACAGAGCUCUGGAAAGGGAAAAGGGACUCGCCAAAGAGCUCUCCGACGAGGUUGUGACUCUUAAAAUCCGAAUGAAGGAGCUUGAGAGUUCUGAGCUGAAGUUGGAGAAGUCUGAGCUGAGCCUCAAAGACGACCUGAGUAAUCUCAAGUCCUUGACGGUGGCCCUAAUGGAAGAGCGAAAGACGCUGAUAGAAAGAGUGACGUCAGAUGAAAAGAAGACUGAGGAUUUGAGUAACAUGGUCGUGGUGGAGCAGAGCAAGGUCAUGGAGGUGACUGAGAAACUCAUAGAGGAAAGCAAGAAGCUCCUGAAGCUGAAAUCCGAGAUGGAAACCAAAGUCGACAUUCUAACCAUAGAAAAGGGUGAGCUCAGCACCAAGUUAGCGUGUGAGAUGGAGAAAGCUAAUGAUCUGAAUAUGAAGGUUAGCCAGAUGAAAAAGAGGCUGGAUGGAUUCGAGCAAGCUGAGAAGCUCUCUGUCAAGAACGGGGACAUGGGAAGACCCGCCGGCAUCGACGACAAUAAAGUCAAGGAGCUGACUUUUGAAAUAGAAAGACUGAAAAAUCGACUCAAGCAAUUAGAGGUGGUUGAAGGAGAUCUGAUCAAAACCGAGGAUCAGUACGACAUGUUGGAGAAAAGGUUCAUGACAGAGCAGGACAAAGCAAACAUCCUGUCACAGCAAGUGGAGGCCAUGCGGAGCCAGAUCGCUCACAACAAAGCCAUCGAGAAGGGUGAGGAGGAUGGCGGGGAGGACGACUUGCGGCAGCAGUACAAGAAGGAGGAAGCUAAGAACAGGGAGCUGCAGGCUGACGUUGUGGCGCUCAAGGAGAAGAUCCAUGAGCUCAUGCACAAAGAGGACCAACUAUCUCAGCUGCAAGUGAAUUACUCCCUGCUCCAGCAGAGGUUUCUGGAGGAAGAGGAGAGAGCUAAGAACAUGGGAACUGAAGUGUUCCAUCUCACCAAAGAACUUGAGAUCGCGAAGCGUCAGAGUCGGGCACUGAGACCAAGUUUGAAUGGGAGACGUAUGGUUGAUGUUGCUGUUGCCUCCACUGGAGUACAGACCGAUGCUUUCAGCAGCGGCCCAGCGGAAGAAGAGACUCCGGCUGUGUUCAUCCGGAAGUCUGUUCAGGAAGAGAACCACAUAAUGAACAACAUAAGACAGAAGUGUCUGAAGAAGCCGACGGCAGGGGUUGAGCGAAGUCCUUCCUCCAGUAGUGAUCUUGGCUUGAAGAAAUCCUGGAUUCCCUGGAUAAGGAAGAGGGACAACGCAAAUGCUCAUGAGACCAAUUCAGAGAAAACACUCCACAUUAAUGGAGAGCCCAUGCGGGCUGACCUUGCAAUGUCCCAAAAGCUGGGACAGCCUCUUCAUAUUAGAGUCACACCAGAUCACCAAAACCACAUGGCCACCCUUGAGAUCAGCAGCCCCACCACUGAGGAGAUUUUCUCCAGUUCGGCUCCACUCAGUCCAAACCCGUCUCAGCCGAAAUCAAGAAUUACAAUCAUUCCUUCGCAUUCUGCAUCGACCCAAAGGAGCAAGUCUUCCAGCGGUCCUGAAAGAGCAAAGUCGCCGGUCACCAUAACAACCAUGUCCAAAGCCAAGUCUCCGGAAAACAGCCGACCGUCGUCAAACAUCUCAGGAAGACCCUUGUCGCCUGUGACGUUCAUGACAGUAAGCAGCGCUGUCGUGUCUGAAUCAUCUUCCUCGCCAGAGCCUCAGGAGAUGACGAUGGGCCGCGCCGUUUUCAAGGUGACGCCGGAGAAGCAAAUGGUCCCGAUGCCUGUACGAAAAGGCAACAACAGCAUUAUCACCACGGACGACAACAAGAUUCACAUUCAUUUAGGCAACAGCGUCGCUCCCAAGAUGGUCGUCAGGCCGGCGGUGACGGAGAGCAAGGAGCUGACCCUGUCCACCGGGACUGUGCUACGAUCCCCCCGCCAGAUCAGCACCACUGCCGCCAGGACCACACAGAGCAAAGUGAUGAGCAGCAUCACCAUCUCCCCUGUAACGUCCACAACAAACAGACCAACUCAGAACCAGGCUGGGCCUGACGCCCAAACCUCCCGCUCAGGACUGACCCGCAUCCCAAUGUCCAAGAGCCUGAAGACAGGGAAGGCUGUGUUGGGAUCUUUGGGAAUAUCCAAUGGAGUGAAGCUGGAGUCCAGAGCCGAGGGCCAAUCCAUGAGGAUAGAAGUCAAGAAAACAGCUGUGAACAGUAGUAUUUAUCAAAAUGGAGGCAAAUGCUAAUGUCUCGAGCUAACAUGCUAACACAUUAUUCAUAAUAUGUUAUUUUGUUGGUUUUGACUAUGUGUGAGAUUUACAUGAAGUCAUAUCUUAAGCUGCCUUUAACUAUUCCUUUUAAUAGAAAACUUUUGUAUGAAAUUUGAUACAUGGCUUUGUAAAUUUGUUAUGAAGUUGAAAAUGGUGCCAUUGCGAGUUUAACUGUUGGAGUGUAAAGGUUUAAACAGCCUCUAUAUUGUGAGUGUGUGAGACUAAAUAAAA